GUGCUCAGUGUCAAAGCACGGAGCGCUUAUCGCAGAACGCGUCAGUGAGAAUUUUUAUACAUAUGGUGCAUUUCUCCGUGGACUUUGUGCACAGCAUUCACUGUUUGGGUUAUCAGAGUACAGCGGUCUACAAAGAAAACAUGUGCAACACAGAGGAGAGUUGUGCUGUGCUGGGCUCGAGGCAGCAGGCUCCAGGGCCUCUGUGGUGCUCCGAUGCCCCUCUCCCACUAACAAAGAUCCCGGGUGGGCGAGGGACAGGCAGGGAUCUCCCUAAUAGUGUACUGCACAAGGACGAAAAGUUGACGGUGACAAAGGCGGGGUCGGUAAACGGAGCGCCCCUUGUCCUGCACUUCCAGUACCAGUUGAGCGAGUGGCGGAUCUCCUGCUGGGACACAGUUCUGUCGGACAACGCACUCUACCUGGAAAUCCCCACUGGAGCUCUUCACAAUGGCAGCAGAGAAGGUUUAACCAGGCUGCUGGAGUUUGCAGAGGAGCAGUUGAAAGUCAGCUAUGUGUUCCUGUGGCUUCAAAAAAACAGAGACGAUCGAUUGUCCAUCAUGAAGACCUUCCACUACAUGGGUUUUGAAGUGGUAAAACCGGGUCACCCGCUGGUGCCGGCCCGGCCUGAUCUUCUCUUUAUGGUCUACUCCAUGGACAACAGCAGUUCUGAUGAAGAGUGACCAUCAAACUCUCACUCACACUUAAAAUGCCCCCCCACCCCACCACACACACUAUACCUCUGCAUCAGUGACUUUUAAGAAAGGGGGAGGGGUGAAACUGGGCCGACUAACACUCUGAUUGGUUCAGUUUCCAUUUUUAACCCACCAAUCGGUUCUUAUUGGCCGUUCCAUCAGCAGGAGGUGGGUUGGUGCUAAAGCAGAAAUCCUCUGUUAAUUCACACCAUAUAUCAAACUGUAUAUACCGUGUGUACACUAUGUAUGGUGAUAAAGUGAUACUUUUUACAGAAGGGAAUGCAUUUGUAACCAACUGUAGACUGUUUCCAGUGGCUGAUAAUGGUGAAACAGAAUUUAUUUUAUUUAUUCCAGAUCGGCUGUCUUCUCUAUUCUGGUUUUACUCUUCUUUAGGAGUUUCAGCUGAAACUUUCACUAGUUAAUCAUUCAAUGUUCUCAGAGGAAGCGAGCUGAAUAGCUCUCAACUCUUAGUAGCGGAGACUCGACUCACUUCAACAGCAAAGUUAGCUUUUCAAAAACUCUAGGAUUUAUGCUAUGUUCCAUUCAACUCAGAACAUUUGAAUUUCUAACUUCCUAUAUAGAAAAGUGCAAUAGAACGCACUUGAAGUUGGAUGUCAAACUUGGAAAAUACUAUGAAAACUACAAUUUCAGAUGCAGGAACUGGGGAGAUGUGCUGUUAAUACUAAACAUUCAAUUUUAAGCUAAUAAAACUUCAACAAGAAUAAGUUUCCUCAUUAUAUAAAAUGUUGCAGUAACGUGUAAAACACAGUAAACGAUCCUCACUGUUGAUGAUCACACAUCUGCAUAUUACCAUUACGCUUUAUUCUUGCCAUUCUGAAAUAUUAAAUAUCUUUCAAUAUUGGAUGGAACGCAGCAUUCUAGCUUAAGUUCAUCAAAACAGUGCAUCAUUCCAGACCCCAUCAAAGCACUUGAGUGUAAGUUUAGGUUGAGUUUAGUUGAUUUUUUUCUGAUUUAUAUUCUUUAAAACAAAGCCAGACCUGAAAACUUUUAGAUGCACGAACACGUUUGUGGUGAAAUCUUUCUAGUUUAAAAAAAAUCCUCAUUUUUAUUUAGGGAAAUGCAUAGACGAGUGGUCUUCUACAUGAGUCUUACCAUAGUCCAUCACACCUUUUGUCUUCGCCAUCCCAAACCAAACCAACAGGAAACGUGAGAGCAAACCAACCCCACCCUCUGCCCCUCAGGGGCUUUUACACAAGCACUUUAGGAAAACACAAGCAAUUCAGCUCACGGUGCAUCACACAUCCAUUACAGAGAGAUGUACUUUGAGCCGUCAAGAUGUCUUGCAGUGUUUAGCGAAACUUGACAUACUUGCCAAAGAUAAUGGUCUCCAUUCAAAGAGAACGCCUCAAGUUUCAUUCAGAUAAGACUGGUGAACCUACCGUAGCAUCACCUUCAGAUAGCAGGCUCGGUCCUGGUGCAGUCAGGUAUAACAUGCAGAAACAUUCCCUGAAACGGAAGCCUUUGUUUCUUUGAUUCUUGGUCAUCGCUGUGGAAAUUAGGUGCAAUGAAUUCAGUUCUGUAUACUUCUCAGCAGGGUGCCCUUUAGGUUUUGCAUGUGUAAAUAGAUCUUAAUUUUCCUCAUGGGCUGUGACAAUAAGCUUUUAGACAAUGUUUUUUGUUCAUCCACUUAAAUUUUAUUUUUAUCUAUAUGAUUUAUUUUGUCUAUACUGAUUGAAUUGUAGUGUAGACUGUUGAGUAAAUCCAUUUAAUGACAAUCUACACUUGUAUACCUUAAACUUUUUCCUUAUGUGCAAAUAAAAUGCAUCACAAAACAAAA